AGCGCCCAUAAAGACUGCUUUCCCUGACCAUCAAUACAGUAUUGACGUCCAGGUCAAAUUGACAUCUGGGUAUUCGCACUCACCUGUUGCGUUUGCUUUCAAAAAGGAUACGACCUAGAUAUGAUACGAAACGACGGAAGAAGUGAACACGAGUUUCGCAAGGUCGAAAUUGUUUAUGAAGGGUUGGACCGUGUAGACGGUUCAGCGAGAUUUGCUUUCGGUCAAACCGAAUCCAUAGUCUCUGUCUCUGGGCCGGUGGAAGUCCGACCUGCGUCCGAAAACCCGUCGCAAGCAACACUCGAUAUCUUCAUCCGACCUCUUGCCUCAUUACCUGGAACCGAUGCUAAGUCAAUAUCCAAUACCCUCAAAUCCAUUUUUACGCCUGCACUAUUGCUCUCACAACAUCCUCGGACGUUGAUACAACUUGUUGCACAAGCCUUGUGUGGGAGCGAGACUGGGAGUGGGACAGGCAGUGCCGGACGGGGAUGGAACUCAAGUCUCAUUGCAACAUUGAUAAAUGCGACCACAGCGGCGUUGGUGAACGCAAGCUCGGUACCAAUGAAGGGUACCGUCUGCGCUGUUGCUGUUGGCACUAUCGGCGAACCUUCGACAAACGACCGUAUUUUUGUGGUCGAUCCUUCGGAAGUUGAGCUUCCCUCAUUAACUUCAAGUGGCUGUUUUGCCUUCAUGUUCUCUUCCACACUCCCUCCGCAAUCCGGCUCUUUGAAGUCGGUGGUUCCGCCCUCUUCGCUCAUAUGGACUAACUUUGGUUCAGUCAAUGGGACUCCCUUUGAUGAAAAUGACCUUACCCAUGCCACCAAACUUGGAGCCAGAGCUGCUGCGGAAAUUUGGUUAUGCAUGAAGGAGAGUCUUGCUACGAUCGAGAAGAAACCUACGAGUGUUUCACAAGCGCCGGGAGAAAGCAAGAAAGCGGCAGUCAAGGUAGAGACUGAGUCUGAUGACGAAAAGAUGGAAAUAUCUUAGAAUGUUCACCCAAACUGUAAUUAGCCUCGAUGUACCAACCCACGUUACCGCGUUGUCGCAUAUACAGUAUCAGCAUGCAUUGAUACCUCAUUUCAGGUGAAGCAAAGAUCCUAAUACACCCAACACCGAUAACAUUGUACCGCGAACGUGACGUUCGUUCUCUUCUGACUUUGGUCUUCUCACCUCGAACCUGG